AUGCCAUUUAUCAACCAGUUGGCUGCAUGGCAGGCCGCGCAGGCUGCACGGGGGAGCCAGGCUGCGCAGGUUAACCAGGCGUCACAGGGGAACCAGGCUGCGCAGGGAAGCCAGGCUGCGCAGGGGAACCAGGCCAUGCAGGGGAGCCAGGCUGCGCAGGGAAGCCAGGCUGCACAGGGGAGCCAGGCCGCGCAGGCAUGGUUAUGGGGCCCUGACCCCGGUACCGGCCGCGAAUGGUUGUCCAAGCGGUUCUAG